AUGGCCGGGCCCGGGCCCCGCUGGGGCAAGCGCGUGGCGUUCCUGAGCAUCCUCCUGCUGGUGGCUGGGGUCAUCUACCUGCUGUUUGAUGCCCUCCUCUACAGGGCCGGCAACGUCGUGGACCUGCCGCACCUGAGACUCGGCUUCUACAACUUCUGCCUGUGGGACGAGGACCUUAACGCCCUGCGCUGCCACCAGUUCCCCGAGCUGGAGGCCCUGGGGGUGCCCCGGCUGGCCCUGGCUCUGGCCAGGCUCGGUGUCUACGGGGCUCUGGUCCUCACCCUCUUCGUCCCCCUGCCUCUGCUCCUGGCCUGGUGUAACGGGAGCGAGGGGGAGUGGCGGCUGGCGGUGGGCUUCCUGGCCGCAGCCUCCGUGCUGCUGGCCGGCGGCCUGGGCCUCUUCCUCUCCCUCGUGUGGAAGUGGCUCAGGCUCUCUCUGCUGGGCCCGGCCUUUCUCGCUCUGGGCAUGGCCCAGGCCUUCCUCCUGCUCUUGCUCAUGGCCACUGCUGUGUUCUCUCCGAGGGCUCAGGACGGGAGCAAGCCGGAGAGCUGCUGCUAGCGCAGUGCAAGGGUUCGGUCCCAGAGACGCUCGGGGCCAUCUCCUUAGAGCCAAUGCCCAGCUCCCACGGGAGCUAAGGAGCCCACUGGAGAGCAGGGGGCACUCCCGCAGCUUCUUAGCAUAGGGCCAUGUCUCCUUUAGGACCGCAGUGGCUGCCGUGGACCCCCAAAACCACGGUCUCACUGUCACGCGGGUCCCCGCUUUCAUUCCGCGGUUUAGCUCUACUUUGAGGGAUUCCUAGCCCAGGGACACGGUUCCUGACGGAUCUCUCAGCAGAAGUUACGGCCAGGAACGGGAAUGUGCAAGGACAGACCUCGGUGGCGGCCCUCGGGCUGUGGGAUGAGGACGUCGGCUCCCUGCGGUGUCACCAGUUCCCAGGGCUGUGCCGAGUCACCCGGGAAUGACUGCCGCAGGAGAUUCUGCACGGCCGCACACAGCGUGCCUGAAGGCUCGGGUUGCCCUCAAAGACCCCUGGAGCUGAAGCCUGGAGCAGGAGGCGGCUGGCCAGUCGCUCCCGGGGUGGGAUCCAGGAGACUCCAAACGCUUGGUAAGAAGAGGCCAACAGGUCGGAACGGUUUCACCCCCGACAGACACGGCGGCUCCGGGGAAAUUCUGUGUUUUGCAGCAUCUGUGUAUCGAGACACCUGUAAGGCACUGCCAUGUUCAGUCUGGGUCAAAGCCACGCUGAACACAGAGGUAGCAGGAGGACUGUGGUGCGACGUCGUCUCCUCCAUGGCGGGGUCUGCCCUCCCGUCCCAGCUGCCCAGGCAGAGGGCACCGGCCGGGAUGGUGUGCCAAUGGGCCACCGGCUGCAGGAGAGCUUGGGGCUGUUCACCGCGUGCUGGAAGCCACCUGACACAGGCUCCGUUCCACAAGUCCCUGUGCAUGGAGUGGCAGCACCGCUCUUUUAAACCCUCAGGUUGGCCUCCCCGGGCCUCAUUUCCCCAGGAAAGCUGGUAAUUGAAUAAAACCAUUGGAAUUCCA